AUGUCAGAAAAUUAUCCCGAGGUUGAUGGGGAUGAUUCUGAUCUCAAAGAGUGUUUACUAGAAACCCUCAGAUCUGAUGGAACUCUUAAAAAAAUUCAAGAUCAGCUUAGUGCAGCGGUGUAUGCGGCAUUUUAUCGAAAAUCGCCACAAACGCCAGCUCAGAAUGAAUCGAAAUUAGCCUUUCUGACUUCAAAGCAAAAUGGCCUUGAUGCUUUAUCAUUACUUGUGGACUUCCUACAAACUCUGGAAUUAAAGAAGACACUUAAUGUGUUCAUGCACGAAACUGGUCUAGAUGAAUUAAAACUUGAACGAAGGGAAGACCUAAUUCACCAGUAUAAUGUGGAAUCUAUCACCGAGAGCGUACCUAUCCUCCCUAUAUUGCUAGAUUCAGUUGCAAAUCAGUCAGUUGAUCCUUCAAAGCUUCACAAAGCCGUUCUAGACAAAGAAUCAGAUAAUGAGAAUUUCAAUCCCGAUAGUGGAAGAAUUCCGCAAAUUCUCAAUAUAAAUAACUCACAUUUCCCUGACGGCUUGUCUAAUGAUGUGCACAACCGAAACCAAUCGCCUCCACAAACUUCAAUUGCUUCUCCAACCAGAUCUGGGCCAUAUGAAAGCGGUCGGUCGUUAAAUGAUAGACAUCUGGAACUCUAA